AUGGCCGAAUCCAACGAGAUCAAGGCCAAUUGGCUCGAAUAUCUUGGUCUCUUUUCCUUGCAGUGCCUUAUCCCAGCGGUUUUCCUGGCUGCAACCCCAAAAGGGUCGCGUUGGCGCUAUGUGCCCAUCGCGGGAAUGAUCUGGAUCACCAAGCAUUGCAUGCACCCGGUUUCAGACCGACGUGUCUUUUGGGCCUGUGGGGUUUCCAUCUUGGUGAUGAUGGUGUUCCAGGCUAUACAGUUCUUGCUGAUCGAGCCACUUGACAUUUCAGAUGUCUCCCGCGUACGGGGAGAAGAUGCAGAGGGAUUCGGGGCUCGUGUGUAUCAGGCAUUUAAGCUGUUUCUUCAGCAUCGGCAUAUCAACACGCCCUGGCAAACCCGAAAUGUCCCAUCUCAUCCCGAGUACUAUCGGCGUCGGGGAAUGCCCACACCCUCUCGCGGGCGCUUUUUGCUUCGACAAACCCUUACUUUUGCGUGGCAGUACCUCGCUGUUGAUAUGUUUGGCACCGUUGGUCGUCAACAAGUGGAAAAGAAAGGGAGGUCUAGCGGAGAAUUCUCGCCUCUCGAGUGGAGCGUGAGCGCUGAAAAAUGGGUCGAGCGAGCCAUCACGAAUAUUAUUACUUGGUUUAUCGUGGCUCGACUUAUCCUCGACUAUCAAUAUCGAUUCAGGUCGAUUCUUUGCGUGGGACUUGGGCUGGAUUCUCCGGCCAACUGUCCUCCGGCGUUUGGAAGUAUGGCUGAUGCAUACACAAUACGGAACUACUGGGGCGUAUUCUGGCAUCAAUUCCUUCGGAAACCAUUUACCUCGGCCAGUAGCUUUAUUACGCGGAAUAUACUCGGCCUCCCGCGACCAUCUCUUUUGGAGAGAUAUACCAAUAUUUUCCUCGUCUUCUUUUGCUCUGCUACCAUGCACGUCAUGAUAGAUUAUGUGCAGACGAUCGCUGUGCAGCUCUCUGGCUCCAUGCCAUUCUUCCUGUCGUUUGUCCUGGGAAUCAUGAUCGAGGAUGGCGUGCAAGCGCUGUGGAGACGACUGCAGACUUCUGGAAAGAUUCAAACAAGUGAAAGCCAAGUUCCCCCACGAUGGAAGAGGAUUGUUGGUCUACUUUGGGUAAUGGCGUGGCUGGGAAUUACUUCGACAUGGUUCCUCCACCCGCACACGCAGUUACCAGAGCCCAAUGCCUCGGUCCCAUUCCACUUUGCAGAGCGGCUUGGUUUGGAUAUUGUGGGUGGUAUACUUCUAAUUGGCGGUAUAGUCUUAGGUUGGGUGUUUGAAGUUGAAGUGUGA